UAAGAGGCUUGCCCAUUUGACUCGCCUCGCCGGGACUCGAACCCGGGCCUCUCGAUUGUGAGUCGAGCGUGCUAACCACUACACUACGCGGUGUGUGUGUGUGUGUGUGUGUGUGUUUCAAGGGCGCCUGAAGUAUAAAUAAAUCCCACUAAGCAAAAAAAUACAUAUAUAUACAUCAUUGAAUAAAGGCCCAUAAGAACAAAAAAAAAAAAAAAAGCUCGAUCCUUUAAGAAGAAUACAAAGGGCCACACUAAUAAACAAAACAAAGAAUAGAGACGAGUAACGAUGAAUAGACAGCACUACAGGUCACUUUCCAGCAGCACCAACAAACACACCAGUGCGGAUCAAACUAGAACGCUCUGAAGCUCAGAAUACUCCCAGACGUCAAGGUGUGAGGUUGAGUCUGGUGAGAUCCGAGAUGCUUUCACGAGUUCCGGGAGAGAGUGAAUGCGCCUCUUGCUUGCUUUGCUGUACUCUUGCUGAUUUUGAGACGAUGAAGGGAACUCUGCACCACUCCGUUAUUGAGAACUAGUUUAUAUAAUUGCUAUGUCAUCUGUAUCCUCAAAACUCCGGGCCUACUUAAGUACAGCAAGCGCUCAGGAUGGCAAACUGCAGCGUCUUCUGGAACAUUUUCAAUGGCACCAUUCCUGACCCGCUGAUACAAUUCUUCAUCUUCUAUUGCGUCGUCGUCUGUUUCUUCGGCCUCCUCUGUGCGUGAGUCUUGCUUGUGGUGGGUGGCAGGAUCCUCAAGGGAAUUUUUACUGAUUGAUUCAUUGACUGACUCACUGUUUGACUGAUUGAGUGAUUGAUUGACUGACUGAUGUCUAUAUUGUCAUUGUUCAAUUGCAACGUUAACGGAGAGAAUAAAAUCCUCUUUUUCACAGGAAACAAUAUCCCCGUAGCAAUGAACAGGAAAAAAUACGAAAAUAUAUAUACAUAUUUUUUUCAGUCAACAAUGUGCAUGAUACUGUGGGAAAUAUCCUUAUAUUCUUGUAAUAUUACUCCUUCUUUGUUAUUCUUUUAUAUCAUUAUAUCUCGAGUGCAGACAUUUUCUCUCCAGACAUUUUGCCUUGUUAACAUUUCCCUACCAUAAACUAAAAAAAAAAAAAAAAAUCAAAUUUGUAGGUAAUGUAGUGGUGCUGUGGUGCGUGGCGGGCUGCUCGAAGACACGCCGUGCCGUAAAGGUGCUGCUGUGUGCGCUCUUCUGCACCCUCCUGCUGUGUUUGUUGGUGAUGCCCUUCAUGGCCCACGUCGCCAUGUCCAAGCUGUGGUGUGGCCUGCAGGUCAACAUGUGGCUCAUCCAAGGCUUCCUGUUUGUCUAUGUCAUCCUGACAGAGAUGGAGCUCUUCUUCAUCCUCGUUAUGGCCUUCCUCAGAACAAUAGCGGUGUGGUCCCCGCAGAGACACCAGGUGAAGCAACGGACCAGUCUGGCCCUAGUGAUGGGUGUCGCUCUCUACUCUAUUGCCAUCACUUCGGCACUGAUGGUUCCCUACUGGGUAGACAUCGUGGACGAAAGCACCGCCAUAAUAAUAGCACGAGUCCUUAGCGUCACCCACUACUUCCUGCCAGUGCUUCUCACUCUCGCCUGCUACUCCUCCAUGAUAUUCGUAAUAAGACGCAACAAGUGCCGCCUGGCCGCCACUCCAGACACGGCAGAGACGGGCCAGGUGAUGGAUCAGGCCACGCGGGCCAUGCUGGCGGUCUUCAUUAGCAACCUGCUCUUCGGUCUGCCGCACUCCAUCUAUCACAUUCUGUCUUAUCCUGGCCAUGUCGUCCCGUACGUUAGCAUACACAUUGUUUUUUACUCUCACUUGUUCAUUGACCCGCUGGUGUUUGUGUGUUUCAACCUACACCACCGGCAACGUCUCCUGCAGGCACUCAAGUCCUGCCUGCAACGGGUCAUCUGCUGUCCGUUCUCUGCACUCAGGCGUGCCACCUCUACCCUGCCCCUUCACUUCACCUCCUCCUCCUCUUCUUCCUCCUCGCAGAAGAAUCAUAGUUAAAGAUAUUUUUGGCUUUAUUAUUGUUAUGUCUCAGCGCUUUUGUUUACCUUCUAGCGAUUCCUGUAAAUAUGUUGUAGCUCGGCCAGUUAUUUAAUCAUAUAAAGAAUAAACUU